AUGCUAUAUCUUUUAGUUCAAGUUAAUGAGAAUGUCAAAUGCAUAAUUCCUGAACAUAUAAUUAGCAUAGAACCCACAAAUAAAAAGUUUUGUGACCUUUUUAAUGUAAUUACGUUAGAACAAUAUGAUAAUCAAAAAGUAAAAGUUUUUAUUAGACGAGAAAAGUCUGAAGGUUGGAAAGAAGUUGAUAAUAGGCUAGAAGGCGACUUAAAAAUGUUGGAAAUUUUGGGUUUUUUGCAAGUUAAAUUUUGUUUUGUUCUCGAUAUAAACUCAGAUACACCA